AUAUUCUCUUUUCCGAAGGAUUGUUAUUCCAAUAUAUACGAACGAUGAUGACAUGUUCAUAUGCUUUUCUUAAAAGUAGUUUUAGUCACCAGAGACCUUCCUGCAAUCAAUCAUUCAUUGUGAAAACUUAACAAAGACAAAAUGAGUAAAAUUGCUGUGGUUGCGUUAUUCGCCAUUUGUUCGAUUACCUAUGUUCAAGGUAACAUCUUCACAAAUGCCAUCAAUGACGGUAUUUAUUCGGUGAUCGACAUACUACUGAAAGAUAAGUACCAAGACAAUCCUCGGAAAGCGGAAUGCAUGAGUGAGGAUUUCAAGCGAAAUCAUAUCGCUGACAAAUUCUAUUCGACUGAUCUGCUCGUCAAUCAGGAGAAAUUAUCGCGUGAACUUCAACCGUACAUCGAUGCAGCCAAUUUAAAAUGCGAUGUGGUUGCAUUUUUGCUCAGCCCAUUGGGCAUUGGCAUCAUGGUUCUCAUCGCUUGCAUGUUGGCCAUUUCAUGCAUUUGCUGCUUGAUUCGUUGCAUUUGCAGAUAGAUUGGACGGUCGACUAAAACUAUAAUUUGUUGUGCAGAAUACCCCGUGUGCUCAGAAAAAUAACUCAAAAACAUUCCAAACAAUUCUCAGAUGAAUCUUCAAACUAUUUUCGUUUUUUGUAAUACUUUUUUGAUGUACGAACUUCUAUGAUUAAGAACUUGUUACCUCAUAUCAGCCGAAAUUUAUAUAUAAUUAACUUAUACAAUAAAUUUACUGAUUUUUGGGUAAAAAUAUACAUGAAAAUGAUGAUAAUAAACGGCUUGAAGGUUGA